GAAAUAAAUAUUAAUAUACAAGACGAUCUGAUCAAAUCUAACCAGGACUCUAAAAAAACAUACAUCUUCACGUAUUUUAAUACAAACCUUUAAUAUCGCCUACAAAAUAAGCUCCUAACUUAAUACAAUACAAGCAUACCAAUUCUUAAUCCCAUUUUCCAUACACUUGUUAUAAGACUCGGCUUGAAUGGACUGCAGUGUCUUCAACGAAUUAUGAAUUUUUCGGUUUUAACGGUUAGAGCCCCAUUCGCUAGCUUACGACGAUAAUCAAACAAUGUUUCUUUAAUUUUUUCGAUGUUAUCGUCAUUGAGAGAGGGGAUAAACGACUCGCAUGAAGCAAGUUUUCGAUGGCUUCACGAUCUUCACUGCAUGCUUUGUACCACUCAAAUAUUUGUGUUCGUGAUGUAGUAGACUCUCCAAAUUACUUCUGCAACAUUUUCAUUGAUUCCGUAGCAGUGAUUCACAAAAUUUCAAGCAAAUUCAUUACCCAAUUUUUUUUAUUAGUAAAAAACGCAAGACAAACUUCUCGUUUCGCAAACAAAUAGCUGUCAAAAACACAGCUAUUGACUUCUGAAUCUAUCUAGGAAGACAUUUAUCGUUUCGAUUUGCGCGCGCAAUUUAAAUGAACCAGUCCGGGUCAGUCUAUAAGCUCAACCCGAAGAAAAAAUUUAAAUAUACCUCAUACAAAGUUCAAGUACUUUGUCUGAAUUAAAAAGAAGUGAAAGUGUAAUUUUUCCUCUGGAGAACGUAUGUAUAUAACUACAUAUAUGCACAUAUAGACCCAAACAAAAAUUCAGACACAAUAAUGACCUUGUGUAAGCAAAAAAUGCUGUUGAUUGCAGUAAGCUUUACCAAUUGAGCUCCGCUUUUACUACAGAAUAAAUUGUUUGAUAAAGUGGUACUAUUGUAUCUUGUGUGUACAUAUUUGUGUUUAUAUAGGUCAAGUACCGUGUCGGUAUAUACUAUAUUUAUAUAUAUUUCGAAAGGCAAUUGAGAUGGAUUGCAUAUUAAAAUUUUAGAUAUAUUUGCUUGUCAAAAAAAAAACGAAUUCAUAAAUAUUCUUUAAACCACUGAAACAAAUUCAGAGCUAAAAUCAGCAAACGAGAGCCAAAAAUGUUUGGAAAUGCAAUUUCCAGCCACUAAUAUUAUUCACUAGUCCGUCUUAAAAAAGGAUGCUGUUUCUGUUGUUGCGGUGGCAAAAAACAUUCCUGAAAUAUUUUUAAAUGCUGCCGAGUUGACAGUUUUUGGGCGGAUAAUAAUCCGGGUCCGUUCCGGUUAUGUAGGCAGGACUGUCGUGGAAUGUGCUAAAAAAAUUUGUAUAUUUCUAUGGUUUGAAAUGAAAAAUCGAAUAACUCGAAUACCGUCAUUAAACAAAUUAUUGAUGAAUCCUUCAUUUUUUGUUUUGUUUUUUGAGAAAAACGUAUACGUUGUGUUCGAAAUAAAAUGCCAUUAAAGAUCUGAAGAUAUAACCUUUUCUAUGAUAACCUAAUAUGCUUAUGACACGUUACGUAACAAAAUUAUCGAUGCCGAACGCUCGGCCGCAGUGGGUGGCAAUAUUUGGUUGACAUCGGCGGAGGAUAAAGCAAACAGCAUAUUAAUGAAUGCCAAACGAUCCGAGAUGGCGGAAGGCGUUAAAACCCCCGAGAAAUUUCCACCCGCCAUGCAUUUCUUUCAAGGCAAACAAUAUCUGCGACAAAGUGAAGUUUUUCGUAUUAUACAAAAACUGCCCAAGGGCGCGUUACUGCAUGGUCACAAUACGGGUAUGGUCAGUUCACGCUGGAUCAUCACCAAUUUGACCACGCUGUAUAAUUUGUAUACCUGCCGAGAUGUGAAUGGUCUACUAAUGUUCACCUAUGAGCAAAGCAAAUGUCACAGUGAAGUGCAAAACGUUUGCUUAGAGCGCAUUAAUGCUGAGGAUCGGCGACUUUACGAGCGGCAACUGGAGAAGCAUAUCAAUAUGUAUACAGUACAUCCAGAAUCCAUGAUUACCGAUAAACGCAAGAUAUGGCAACGCUUCUAUAAUAUUUUCAAAAGUGUGGAAAAUUUUUACAGUUAUCAACCGGCCUUCUGUAACUAUCACAAACGUUUACUGGAAGAAUUAUGCGAGGAUAAUAUAUUUUAUGCUGAACUGAGGUCACCACUGACGCCGCUAUAUGGCGAUAACAAUCGCACAUUAAAUGCCCUGGAUGUAGCAAACGAAUUGGAAGCUAUCGUUGAGGGUUUCAAAGCACGUCAUCCAGACUUUGUGGGACUCAAGGUGAUCUAUACGAAACCAAAUCAAGGCACAGUGGAUGAAAUGGCACAACAUUUGAUAACCUUUAAACAAUUGCAUGAUGCCAAGCCAAAAUUCAUUAUUGGCUUUGAUUUGGUGGGACAAGAAGACACCGGUGAUUCGCUUCAUAAAUUUGUCAAUGAAUUGACCGACAUGCCACCCACUGCCAACUUUUUCUUUCACGCUGGUGAAACUAAUUGGUUUGGAAAGACCGAUUGGAAUCUCAUGGACGCUUUGCUGCUCAACACAAAACGUAUCGGUCACGGUUAUGCACUGCCGAAACAUCCAAAUAUUUGGUCCACAGUCAAGAAACGUAACAUUGCCAUCGAAAUUAGUCCGAUUGCUAAUCAAGUAAUGGGUCUCGUGUGGGAUUUACGCAAUCACCCCGCUACAUUUCUUAUAGCCGAAAACUUUCCGAUUGUCAUAACUGCCGAUUAUUCGGGCAUUUGGAAUUCGAAGGGAUUGAGUUACGAUUUCUAUUAUGCAUUUAUGGCGCUGGCGCCAGCUGAAGCAGAUUUGCGGUUUCUCAAGCAACUCGCCUUGAAUUCGAUCAAGUACUCCAUUUUAUCUUCGGAAGAACGUCGUAAAAUUAAUCGCGUUUUCCAAAAGAAAUGGGAGGAGUUCAUUUAUAAUGUGAUCAAUUUGAGAUUCUAAAAGUAACGUUUUUAUUAAUUAAGUCAUAUUUAUCAAAUCAGUAUUACUACUAAGAUUAAUGCUUAACAGUGUAAUAAAUUUCUAACAAUUUUACUAAAAUACUAA